CAGAACCAGCGUGCCUGUCAUAGGCUAAUAAAUCCUACCUCCUGCACGCUUUUAAAAACAGUCUGAACCGGCUUCCACGGAGCUUCGGAGAACUAACCUUAAGCAUGGCUGUCUAGCGUGCCUGUCACUCCUAUUGUCCUUCCAAACUCUUGCAGACAUUUUGAGCGAAGAGUAUUAAAGCUAUGAGUUAGCGAGGGUGUGACAUCAAUGGUCCACAAAGACAGCCAGCAGGGAAGAUGUGACAACUCCCGGAGGUCUUUCUGCCACUCCCCCAGGACUUCCACAGUGAGGAAAGGAGCCGCAGGACCCACAUCCUCUAAGAUGUUUAUAUGGACCAGUGGCCGGACCUCUUCAUCUUACAGACACGACGAGAAAAGAAAUAUCUACCAGAAAAUCAGGGACCAUGACCUCCUGGACAAAAGGAAAACUGUGACUGCUCUGAAGGCUGGAGAAGACCGGGCCAUCCUGCUCGGCCUGGCCAUGAUGGUGUGCUCCAUCAUGAUGUACUUCUUGCUGGGAAUCACACUGCUGCGCUCAUACAUGCAGAGCGUGUGGACAGAAGAGGCCCAGUGCGCCCUGCUGAAUGUGUCAAUCACAGAAACGUUUAACUGUUCCUUCAGCUGUGGGCCCGACUGCUGGAAGCUCUCUCAGUACCCUUGCCUGCAGGUGUACGUGAAUGUGACAUCGUCCGGGGAGAGGCUCCUCCUCUACCAUACGGAAGAGACCAUGAAGAUCAAUCAAAAGUGCUCCUAUAUUCCUAAGUGUGGAAACAACUUUGAGGAGUCCAUGUCUCUUGUGAGUGUCGUCAUGGAAAACUUCAGGAGACACCAACACUUCCCCUGCUAUUCUGACCCAGAAGGAAACCAGAAGAGUGUCAUCCUGACCAAACUCUACAGCUCCAAUGUGCUGUUCCACUCUCUCUUCUGGCCAACUUGUAUGAUGGCUGGGGGUGUGGCAAUCGUUGCUAUGGUGAAACUAACUCAGUACCUCUCCCUGCUAUGCGAGAGGAUCCAACGGAUCAACAGAUAAAAGAAAAAAAACCAUCACGGAUAAGAUAUUUUUCUUUAAAGCUCAAAUACUGUUUUAUUUCUUUCUUCACCAAAGAACCUUAAGUUUGUAAUGUGCAGUCUGUUAUGGGUUCCUUAAUAUAUUAUUCUAUGUAGAGCAAUAACGCAAACGCUGUCCUAUAUGCAAACAUGAUGUCUUUCUUGUUCAGGAGAAUUAACUGUUCCUCAUUGGUCGGUUGUUUCAUUAUAUUGUUUUGAUGCUGGAACCAGUCUGUCCUCUUUCCAUCAGAAUAGGGCUCAGCCACUCAUUGCUAAGUAUUGUGGGGACAUGGGGACAUGGGGACAUGGGGACACUAUCCCCAAGACCAGGUCUCUGUUCUGAGUUUCCAGACUUCAUGAAGACAAGAUUUUUCUUUAUUUGUUGUUUACUGAAGCUACAGCCAAAAACGCAUUUUUUUUCCCCCUUAUUCUAUAUUGGGCCCUGUAGCAAGUGAAGGAGUUGUUUCCUGACUAAAGGGUAUUAAACUUUUUUACCAUAGCACUGUAAGGAAGGGAGGAAACCUAGCCAGCAACUUUUCUUUCAUCACUUUUCAUUCACAACUUCAGAUUUUUAAAAAUAAUUAUCAACUCUAUAAUGUCUUCCGAACAGAGUCCUUUUUCCAUCUAUGACCCUGCUACUGUGUGGGAGACAUCGCUGGUGAGAUCACUCCCAGUAAACUGACUGGGUGCUGGUAGGCAUGUCAUUGCAAUUUUGGAAAGUCUAUGUUACAAAGAUAUUUAUGUGAAAUCUUAAUUCCAUUUCCACUGGACUGUUAGAAUCAAAUAUUGAUAUACUAAGGACUGGUGAAUUGGUUGCAAUGGGUGAGUCUGUCAGGGCCAGCUAUCAUGCCGGAAUAUUACUCUUUGGGAAUUUAUGUUUCAGUAAACGAAUGUAUGUAUGGUCUCUCCUUCUUGAAAAAAAAAAAAAAAAAGCUGUUGCCUGUUGGGGUUUUAAAUCUACGUGUGCAGAGUCUUUGUCUCCUCUACAUAUUUUAUUUUUCUACUCACUGUUCCCUUUUGGUUGUUAUAUUUUAUAUGCAGAAUAGACCUUUUUCCUAACACAUGUUUGAAAUGAAUAACAGGUUUGAGGGAAGCCUUUCUUCACAUUGAUGUUUACUCAUUCUAUUUGGUGGGGGGGGGGGAUAAGGGGGUUGGUUUUAAAUAAAGACAUUCCGUCUUUUAUUUAAUAUCGAUAUCAAAGGGAGAAGACAAACAUCUAUCUUUCUCAUCUAUAUUUAAGUACCCUUUUGUAACAUAGUAUCGAUGUUUUUUAGGUAAUUGCAAAAUUUUACAAAUCAUUUGUGGAAUGAACGGUGAAACCUAUCUGAGGAAGCAGAAUAUUGUAAUUCAUAGUCUGACUUUUCAUAAGCAAAUAAAUCCCUAGGGUGUAAUCAG